AUGAAAUUGCAAAGACGUGACACUUUGGCAGGUCCCUGGAAGACGUUACAGAGAAUGCGCAAAGGUUUGUCGAUGCUGUGGUAUGGAAUUGUUACUAUUGAAGAAUCUAUAAUAAUUGUUCAAGACAAGGAGGAAGCAAUAACGGCGAGGUUUGAGGGUUACGCGAUCCCAAGAGCUUCAAGCCUUUUUUCGCGACGCUAA